AUGGGAAAGAAGACUGCGGCGGCAGACCCGCCGGAAGUGGCUGAUGUUAUGGCUAUGCUUCAAAGCAAGGGAUUGCUAAAGCGUGGUCCAGACGCCCCGGAAGCAGCUGCCGAGCCUUCUAAGAAGUCUAAGACAGCUAAAGCUAAGGCCAAGCCGACCCCGACGUCCGAAGAGGAGCCCAAGGUUGAGACCCGAGCCAGGAGCAAGCGCAAACCCGCCGAAGCCCAAGCAGAAGCUGAGAAACACGAUGAUGAGAAGCCACCCAAGAAAGGGAAACCCAGCAAGGGCCAAGCCAACAAGGACCCCACCGAGAAGCAGGAGGAACCCAACGAGAAGCAGCCGCAGGAGAAACCCGGCAAACCCCCCAAGGAGCCGAAGAAACCCAGCAAGGAGCAGUCCCAGGAGAAACCCGGCAAACCCACCAAGGAGCUGAAGAAACCCAGCGAGGAGCAGUCCCAGGAGGCCCCCGAGGCAGCUGCCGAUGAGGAUCUGGGUCCGUUCGAGGAGUUUCCACCUAAGACACCCGGGGCUUGGGGUGAGGAGUUCUUGGAGACGGGGCUUAAUGUCGUGGUGAGCUGGAAAAACUUGGAUGAUGUGUGGCGAGCUUGCAGGGCUUCCGACAAGCCGAUGUACAGAGACAUGCAGUACGAGAAGCUUCUGCAGAUGAUGGAGGCGGCUCUUGGUCCCCGGCCCAAGCACGUGCUUAAGCCUGUUGAGGUCCACCUUGCUGCUGAAGAGACCCACCCGGGCCCUGUGUUGGAGGACGAGUCCCUGAAACAAACACAGGAGCAAGAGCAGUCUGACGCGGAGCAAGACGACCAGGAAGGGGAGGAGGAGGAAGCAGAAGAGGAUGAGGAAGAGGAAGAGGUGGAGGAAGUGAAGAAACCGCUUCCUAGCAGUUCUAGCGCCAAGCCACCGCCUGAAACCACAAGCCCGCCGAAGAUCAACACGUGGAAUGGCGUCCCCAGCCCUGCAACGAAGGAGAAAGCCCGCUCCGAGAGCCCUGAACAGGUGAAGCCAACAGACCUGAACAGCAAGUUCAAUCGUGUACGGCGGUCGAAGUCCGAACAGCCCCCGUCCCUGAGUACUUUGGUGCUGGGUGCCCACCUCACCGAUGAGCAGGCAUACUCGAAUCGUCCAGCCUCGGAGGUUGGUGCGGUUCCCGCGGAGGAUCUGCAUGAAGGGUUGAUGAGUGCAUCUCAAGCAGGCAGCGACAGCGAGCUACGAAGUCUCGUGACAACGAUGCAGUCAGAGAUCACUAGGCUGAAGGCCAUGCUGGCUACGAAGGAUGCGAACCCGGGAGCCCCGCCGGCCACACCGCCGGCCGCACCGCCGGCCGCACCGCCGGCCGCACCGCCGGCCGCACCGCCGGCCCCGCCUGCGAAAGCCUCGGUUAAGCACGAGGAGAAGGAGUCGGAUGGGGAGGAUGACAACGGGGAGGAGCAAGAAAGCGAAGAGGAGGAUGAUGAAGAGGAGGAGGAGGGGGAUGAAGACCACGAGACCCCGCCACCAAAGGCCAAACCGCCUGCCACAACCUCUGUGACCAAGACCAACAAGCCUAAGGGGCCCAACUCGUCGACCCACCGUGCUCAAUGGAUGAAGUUCGGUCGGCGAAUGGACAGCCAGGGCUCGGAGUUCCCCGAAAUGACUAAGCUGUGGACCGGAAGCAAAGACGAACAGCACGAAGUGUUCGCGAAAUGGCUCGAGGAGGGCCAGAACAUGAACAACACGGAGGCCCAGCUGAUCAUCACCAAGACGAAAUCGGCCGAGGUGAAGAGUGGCUAUGAGGAGCUCACCGUGAAGGAAAUGGUUGCGAGAGGAUUCAGUGCGACAAAGAUCGAAAGCAUAGUCAGAAAGGGUGGAACCCCUGACCCCGACGCCCCUCACUGCCUGGAAUCCAUCGUGUAUGUUUGCCGGAAGAAGAAGAACGUGGAAGAAUCCGAAAAGGUUUCCCAGACCGGCGAAAUCAAGUCGAAGAUGAAGGCCACUGCCAAGGCCGUGGCCCCGUUGAUGAGGCUGAACGGAAUGCCGGGGCCUGGAUCGACCUCGGGCGCCACCGAUGCAGUUUUGCAGCUUGCUGCGAACGCUUUUGCUUCGGGAUCGGCCGACGCCACCGCCGCCGCCCCCAAGAGGAACCCGAAAAGCAAGGCCAAAGCCAAGGCAAAAGCCUUGAUCCAGGCGCCCAAGACACCCAAAGAGCUUUUGGAUGAAUGCCGCAAAGAGCUGAAGAAAGAGUACAACGCCGCGAAUAUUUGCUACGACCUGCCGAAGGACAAUGCUUUGCGGCUGAGGAGUGUGGCGGAUGAUGAUGCCGAGGAUUUCGUCGACGAGUGCAAAGCACUGGUCGAAAACACCCGGAUGGUGCGAGCACAGGUCCGUGCUGUGGCAGCUGAGCUCCAGCGCAAAUCUGCUUCGGUUCAGAGAUUUCUUCGAUACGAGAUGAGCUGGCUGGCAAAAACCAUUGGACGUGGCUAUGCAUCUGUCAAGCAUGCUGCAGAGAUCGGUGCUGUGGUGUCACAGGUUUCUCUGCCGAUGCUGGAUGAUGACAACAACGUAGUCUGGCGAGACUGGCCGAUGAUAUUGCCGCACAACUUCGAGCUUAGACUGCAGCUAGUUGCUGCAAUGGCCCGUCAUGGUCAUCUUGAUAUGCUGGUGGCUGACUGGGAUAUGGUUCCCGGCUACUGGACAAAUUUUCUUCGCGAGUACCCCGGGCACCCUGCAAGGGAUAAAAUGAGUGAUGAAGCUACAGCUGUGAACGAAACCUGGAUGUUUUUUAUGUUUACAAGUGACCUGCACCCGGUGAUCCGGCUACAUUUCUUCGUGGCUGGCUUUCGCGGCGACUGGAAGGCUCUGCGACAAGCCUUCAACUUCAACCGAUAUGCCGACCGAGACAAGGCGGGCUCGACUUGGACUUGA